AUGAACGCGGUAGAUGGAUCAGAACAUUAUGAAGUCAAGGUCGGAGCCGUCACGCCCGCCUUGCUCGUCGUCGUCAUCGAUACAAAUCCGCAUGCCUGGGCCCUCCUCUCACCCACCCUCCCGCUCUCCAAAGCAAUAGCCAACAUCCUCGUGUUCAUAAAUGCCCACCUGGCAGUCAAUAAUGCGAACCAAGUCGCUAUCGUCGCGUCCCACUGCCACCGAGCCGCGUGGCUCUACCCGCACCCGGCCUCGACGUCGUCCUCUGAGGACGUUGAGAUGAGCGACGAUGCCGCCUCUUCGAACAUCGACAACCCAAACAAAUACAGACCCUUCGCCCUCGUCGAAGAUAUCCUGCUCAAUUCGCUCCGCGAACUCAUAGCUACGACGACGGAAAGCGAUGUCGCGACAACCACCUCCACCCAGAUGGCUGGAGCUCUGACGCUGGCCCUCUCCUAUAUCCACAAAGCGACGCAGCAGUUCUCCGGCAUUGACACGGAAUCUAAGCCUGCUACCGCCCCCAGUACCGAGAAUGCCGACACCAUACUUGGCCUGCAGAGUCGUAUCCUCGUCGUCUCCGUCUCCGGAGACCUUGCCCACCAGUACAUUCCCAUAAUGAACACCACGUUCGCAGCCCAGCGCCUGCGUAUCCCCAUUGAUAUCCUGAAGCUGGCCGGCGACACGGUUUUCCUCCAGCAGGCGUCCGACGCUACAAAGGGCGUCUACAUGCAGUUGCGAAAUCCACAAGGUUUGCUCCAGUACCUGAUGAUGGCAUUCCUGCCCGACCAGGUGGCUCGCAAACACCUCGUUCCUCCAACGCAAGAGGUAGUAGACUUCCGAGCCGCCUGUUUCUGCCAUCGGAAGGUGGUGGAUAUAGGCUAUGUGUGCAGCAUCUGCCUGAGCAUCUUCUGCGUGCCGCCUGAAGGGGCGGUCUGCUUGACGUGCUCUGCGCCACUCAAGUUAGGUAAUUAUGGUGCAAAUCCAGCCGUCAUUCCGAGGAAGAAGAAGAAGAAAAAGAGGUUGAAUGAAGGCGUAGAGACGGGGAGUGCGAGAGGGACACCAACACCGGGAGAGUAG